AUGUCUCACGGUCCGGAGCCCAUGGGCACAACAAAGGGCCUCAGCCCAGCUACCAAGCGUAUAGGUAUUCUAGCCGGUGUCGCUGGCAUACUAGGGAUGUAUCUCGUAUCUCCCUACCCGCCGAAGAGCACCACAGGGUGAGUCUUGCUGUCCCCCCCAUAUCUCACCUGACCUCUGCUCACACCUCCUUAGCAACCCCGUCGAAACCAACGCAUCUCAGAACGUCGCGAAUCGCUUCAGCGCCGGCGGCGCCAAGACCGAGUACACGCCCGGCGUAGCGACUCCAACAAAUUCAGCAGAGAAUGUCUCGUCACCGCAGGAGGGCGAGGCGAAGGAGGACAUCGCUGCGGAGAGGCAUCUGAAGGCCAAGAAUUUGGAGCAUUAA